CCACAAAAUUAGAUAUUUGAUAUUUAUUUUAUUCGCAGUAAGGGUUAAGAAAAAGAGGUUCGUAGUAGUUAGUGUUCGAAAUAAUAUUAAAAUUUUUAAUUUAUUACCACUAAUUGAACGAAAUGAAUAAGCUAAAUUACGACGGUUUACUUGUACUGGAACAACCUUUUAUUAAGGUACCCUUAGAGCAACUUAAAAAAACCGCAAAAGUUUCUCAAAAGGAACUUGAUAAAGAGUUUACAAAAUCUAAUUUAACGGUCAGUGAUUUAACGAAUAAAAUUAAUCAAGGAAAAAUUGGUGUAUCAGACGCGAGUACCGCACUAGAAGGGAUGGUUGGAAGGCUACAAAGUUUGAAACGCAAACUCAACGAUACUAAAGUUGAGGAAGCGAUGUAUGUAUCAAGGAGUAAACAAAGAUUAUCUCACCUUAAUGAAUUAACUCAUAUACCAAGUGCAAAUUCUGAAGCGUAUACUCAAUGGAGUCGAGUAAGAUUAGAUCGUAUCCUUGUGGAUUAUAUGUUAAGAGAAGGGUUCAGUGAAACUGCAUUACAUUUAGCAAAAGCUGAAUCAAUUGAGGCUUAUGUUGAUGUUGAAUUGUUCUCACAGGCGAGACGUGUUGAACAAGCUUUGCAACGAUUUAGUUGUACUGAAGCUCUUCGGUGGUGUAAUGAUAAUAAAUCAAAUCUGCGUAAGAUGCAGAGUACAUUUGAAUUCAAUCUUCGACUUCAAGAAUUUAUUGAACUAAUUCGUGCUGGUAAGAAAAGUGAAUCGAUCGCGUAUGCUAAGAAGAAUCUAAAUUCUUUUCAAGAAAACCAUAUGAAAGAAAUUCAACAAGCAAUGACUUUGCUUGCAUUUCAGCCUAACACUAAAUGUCCACCUUACAAGAAAUUGUAUGAUAAGUCUCGUUGGGACGCGCUUAUUGCACAAUUUCGCGCCGAUAACUUUGCACUGAAUUCUCUUACGUCACAACCUCUUCUAACUGUUACCCUCCAAGCCGGGUUGUCUGCACUGAAAACACCAAUGUGUUCUCAACCGGAUAAUAGAAAUAUUAAUUGUCCAGUAUGUUCUCCGGACACCUUGGGUCUAUUGGCACAAAAUCUUCCGUUGAGUCAUCAUGUAAAUUCAACUAUUGUUUGUCGAUUAAGUGGAGAAAUCAUAGAUGAGGAUAAUCCUCCCAUGUCUUUGCCCAAUGGAUAUGUUUAUUCACUUAAGGCACUAGAAGAAAUGUCUAGCAAAAACAAUGGGCAAAUUAAGUGCCCAAGAACGGAAAAAGUUUAUGAUUUUAAAGAUUUAAAGAAAGUAUUCAUUUCUUAAUUGAUUACAUAUAGAAAUAUUUAUAAUGAUAAAAUGGGAGAAAGGUUAAUUAAUAUAACAAAUAACAAUAUAAUACAAUGUAUGAAGUAGAAGUAGAAUCAACAUAAUGAAUGAACUUUUUUU